AUGGGCUUCAAGCUCAAUGUGUUACUGAUACUUGCAACUUCACUUAUUGCUCAACAUGAAGCUUCUAAUUCAUAUGAUUAUAAAGCUAUCACCAUUAAUGGACAAAGAAAGAUACUACUUUCUGGCUCCAUUCAUUACCCCAGAAGUACUCCUCAGAUGUGGCCAGAUCUUAUCCAAAAGGCUAAAGAAGGAGGAUUGGAUGUGAUUCAAACUUAUGUUUUCUGGAAUGGACAUGAACCUUCACCUGGCAAAUAUUAUUUUGAGGGGAACUAUGAUUUGGUAUACUAA